AUGAUUAGUAGUCUUUUAUCGAGGCUUCUCGCUUCUCGUCCGGCCUACGAGGCUGUCGAAGAUGACGAGUCACUGGCAGACACGGAAGGACAGGAUGUACGGGACAUACCAGACAGCGAUGAUCCGCCGAGAAAUCCGUUCUCAUGGAGGAUUUAUGCAGUAUUCCUGCUACUAGGAGUAACAAUGCUAUGGGCGUGGAACAUGUUCCUCGCCGCAGAGCCGUAUUUCCGCCAUCGAUUUCAGAGCAGCCCGUGGGCUGCAGAACACUAUGAACCGUCUGUCCUCUCAGUAUCGACGGUGACUAACUUGUUGUGUGUUCUGGCACUCGCAAAACUACAAAAAAAUGCAUCCUACCCUAUUCGUAUCGCGCUGUCGCUCCUCGUGCUCGCAGUCGUAUUCUUAUUCCUCGCCUUUUCAACUGUCUUCUUCCGCGCUAUUUCUGUGGGGUUAUAUUACAUCUUUGUGAUGACGAUGGUGCUAGGCGCAAGUUUCGCAACAGGUAUGAAUCAGAACGGUGUGUUCGCCUAUGUUGCUGGAUUUGGUCGACCAGAGUAUACGCAGGCAAUCAUGGUUGGCCAGGGUAUCGCCGGGGUCCUUCCUUCGAUUGUGCAAAUAAUAUCCAAUUUGCCUGUCCCGAAAACGGAUGGAACUGACGACAGCAAUGGAUAUACAAAGUCGGCACUCGGCUAUUUCUUAGUCGCGGUUUUCAUCUCCGUUCUGGCAUUCCUAGCAUUCGUGAACCUUAUGAACCACACCGCUGGAUCGGAAUGGUUUCAGAGGGAGUUACGAACUGAGAGUACACAUCAGCCAAGUUUUGACGGGCCAAAUAAAAGCAUUAGCCUUUGGAAGUUAUUCCUACAGCUAAAAUGGCUUGCUCUAGCCGUAUUCACAUGCUUUGCUGUGACUAUGGUGUUCCCAGUUUUCACGGCCCAAAUCCAGUCUUCUCACGACCCUGUGACCAGAUCUCGCCUCUUCGACUCAGAGGUCUUCGUUCCUUUAGCUUUCUUAUUGUGGAAUUUGGGAGACUUACUCGGCCGCUUAUCUCCAUUAGUCCCACUAUUCGCAAACUCAACCAAACACCCACGCGCCCUCCUCAUCUUCGCUCUUUUGCGCCUCCUCUUCAUCCCGUUGUACAUGUCUUGCAAUGUUCGCGGCCUUGGCGGCUCGUCGAUUUUUGCGAAUAAUGAUUUCUUGUACCUCUUUAUUGUCCAGUUGGGCUUCGGCUUGACGAACGGCUUCUUGGGAAGUGUUUGCAUGAUGGGCGCGGGCCAGUAUGUCACUGUUGACGAGCGUGAGGCGGCGGGCGGGUUUAUGACUAUGAUGCUCGUAGCUGGUUUGGCGACGGGGAGUCUAUUGAGCUUUUUUGUUAGCAGUGCAUAA